AUGGGUAGGGGUCGUACUAGUAGGUCACUGGCAGGUACCUUGGUAGCCCCACUACAGCUUGUUCCUGCCACAUUGCCUCCGCCGGUAGGCCACAGUUCAAAGCCGCCGUUGUUUGUCAACUGUGCCGUGGCCAUACCAAGCUACCUUCUCCGUCCUAUCCUCUAUUUAACGCAGCAACCCUCGCGGCACUCGCAAACCAUCUGCUGGCAAUCUAAGAUUCACGCCGAAGCCGCACCACCUGAAUAUCGACCCGAGGUCGAGGACCGUGAUGGAGUUCGCCUGAGUUGGAACGUGUUUCCUAGCUCUCGUAUGGAAGCAUCGCGCUUGGUCGUGCCGAUUGGGGCCAACUACACUCCUCUCAAAGAAAAGCCCGACACACCACUCCUCCAAUUCGAACCGGUGACUUGCAAGCAACCUUGUCGCUCCGUCCUCAAUCCUUUCUGCUCUGUGGACGUAAGAGCCCGUCUUUGGAUUUGUCCAUUCUGCCUAUCGCGGAACCCUCUUCCGCCCCAUUACAAAGAUAUCACCGCCAAUGCCAUCCCCCCCGAACUUCAUCCCUCCAACACUACGAUCGAGUAUCGGCUCUCGCGGCCGGCGCCAAGCCCUCCCAUCUUCCUCUAUGUUGUCGACACCUGCCAAGAGGAUGAUAGCCUGGCUGCGCUCAAGGAGUCAUUGGUCAUGAGCCUGAGCCUGCUACCCGAAAAUGCACUCGUUGGCUUAAUCACAUAUGGCACGAUGGCACAAGUUCACGAAAUCGGCUACACUGAAUGCGCGAAAUCCUAUGUGUUCCGCGGGAGCAAAGACUACUCCGCGAAGCAGGUGCAGGAGAUGCUCGGCUUGCUCUCCCCAGCAAUGCGACCCGGCAUGCCCCAGCAGCAGCCUGGAAGGCCUAUGCCCGCAGGCCCUGCGUCGAGAUUUCUGCUACCCGUUCAGCAGGCCGAGUUUCAGCUGACGAAAGCUUUGGAGCAGCUUCAGAAAGACCCAUGGCCCGUAGCCAACGACCGCAGGAGUCUGCGCUGCUCCGGCGUUGCUCUCAGUGUCGCAGUAGGACUCCUUGAGUCUUCAUUCCAACACGCCGGUGGCCGCAUCAUGCUCUUCGCUGGUGGACCGGCGACAGAGGGACCCGGCAUGGUAGUUGGCCCGGAACUGAGAGAGCCCAUCCGAUCGCACCACGACAUUGACCGUGACAACAUCAAGUACUACAAGAAGGCACUCAAGUUCUAUGACAUCCUGGCCAAGAGGACCGCUCAUAAUGGCCACAUCAUUGACAUAUUCGCGGGUUGUCUUGAUCAAGUCGGUCUCUUAGAGAUGAAGGGCCUCUGCAAUUCCACCGGUGGCCACAUGAUUUUGACCGACAGUUUUACUUCCUCUAUGUUCAGGCAGUCGUUCAUUCGCGUGUUCGAAAAGGAUGGUGACGACAACUUGCUCAUGGGCUUCAAUGCUACGCUCGAAGUACUCACCACUAAAGAGUUAAAGGUUACUGGACUGAUAGGCCACGCCAUUUCUCUUAACAAGAAAUCGACAUCAGUUGGAGAGACGGAAUGUGGCAUAGGCAACACAUGCUCAUGGAAGAUGUGCGGCAUCGACCCCAACGCAAGUUACGGCGUAUACUUUGAGAUUGCAAGUCAGGGAGGCCCUACGCAGCAUCAGCAAACGCCACAGAAGGGCAUGAUCCAAUUCCUCACCUACUACCAACACUCGUCCGGUCAAUUCCAUCUGAGGGUUACGACAAUUGCCAGAAACCUCAGUGGACCAGCUGGCGAUCCGGCUAUUGCACAAUCGUUCGACCAGGAAGCUGCUGCUGUCCUGAUGUCUCGCAUUGCAGUGUUCAAGGCCGAAGUUGAUGACGGUCCGGAUGUCUUGCGCUGGGUUGACAGGAUGCUUAUCAGACUCUGCUCCCGCUUUGCAGACUACCGGAAAGAUGAUCCAUCUUCCUUCCGGCUCGAGAAGAACUUUACAUUGUACCCGCAGUUCAUGUUCCAUCUCCGGAGGAGUCAAUUCCUACAGGUCUUCAACAACUCCCCCGACGAGACGGCCUUCUAUCGCCAUGUCCUUAACCACGAGGACGUAAGCAACUCGCUCAUCAUGAUACAGCCCACGUUAGACUCGUACACGUUUGAUCAGGAGGGUGGCCAACCUGUGUUGCUGGACUCGACUUCUAUUCAACCCACCCAUAUCCUUCUUCUCGAUACCUUCUUCCACAUUCUCAUUUUCCACGGGGAGACGGUCGCCGAGUGGCGCAAGGCGGGAUAUCAGGACCAAGAGGGCUAUGAAAACUUUGCAUCUCUGCUCGAGCAGCCCAAGGAAGACGCAAGAGAUCUCAUCACCGAUAGAUUCCCACUUCCUCGAUUCAUUGUUUGUGAUGCUGGAGGUUCUCAAGCCAGAUUCCUUCUGUCGAAGCUCAACCCGUCGACCACCCACACUACCGGAGCUUAUGGCGGUGUGGGUGCGCAAAACGCCCAGACUAUCUUCACUGAUGAUGUGUCUCUGCAAACCUUCAUGGACCAUCUCAUGAAGCUGGCCCAAAGACGGGGUGGUCGUCUUCGUCGUACCAAGAGACGACAAAUCCACAAGAUGGGGGAUGUAGAGCACAAUCGCAACUCGGAGUCUGGAGAUUUCACUUACGCGGCCAAUGCGGCCAAUGCACCUUGCGACUCUACCCGAGCCAAGGUAUUUCAGGAGACCUAUGUACCCGACGCAACUUCGUUUGACCUGGGCAGUACCGCAAUCGCUGAGGCGCACUCCGCAUGGACUUCGCCAAAGUUGCGUUUCCGACGUUUGCGGCUUUCUUUGGCGAAAAGACCCUCCGUGGAUAGUGGAGUGCGAAAAAGGUUAUUGGCCAGGCUUUUGGCUGCGAGAAGGCGCACAGAACUAAUCAACAUUUUCCUCCGUCCAACUCGACCUCAACUCCAUCUUUCGACACCAACUUUCCCAUCAGACCCAGAUCCGAGAGCAGACACGAUGCCUCCCAAAUUCGAUCCCAACGAAGUCAAGGUCAUCCACCUCCUGGCCACCGGAGGUGAGGUUGGUGCCUCCUCUGCCUUGGCCCCCAAGAUCGGUCCUCUCGGUCUGUCUCCCAAGAAAGUUGGUGAAGAUAUCGCGAAGGCGACUGGCGACUGGAAGGGCCUCCGCGUGACGGUUAAGCUCACCAUCCAGAACCGUCAAGCCGCUGUCUCCGUUGUUCCUACUGCCUCUUCCCUCAUUAUCCGCGCCCUCAAGGAGCCCCCUCGCGACCGCAAGAAGGAGAAGAACAUCAAGCACAACAAGUCUGUUCCCCUGGAGGAGAUCAUUGAGAUUGCGAGAACCAUGCGCCACAAGUCUUUCUCCAAGACAUUGGAGGGAGGUGUUAAGGAGAUUCUUGGAACGGCAAACAGUGUUGGAUGCCAGGUUGACGGCAAGAGCCCCAAGGCCAUCACCGAUGCCAUCGACGCUGGUGAGAUUGACAUCCCCGAGGAAUAA